AUGAACAAAGAAAAAACAAAAGAAGAAGAAAAGCUCCAUCCUUCCAAGAGUUUGAGAGUAACCUCAAUAAGAGAAGACGACAAGAUCCGGAAUACAGAGAAAAUGAACAAAGAGAAAACAAAAGAAGAAGAAAAGAUCUAUCCUUCCAAGAGUUUGAGAGUAACCUCAAUAAGAGAAGACGACAAGAUCCGGAAUACAAAGAAAAUGAACAAAGAAAAAACAAAAGAAGAAGAAAAGAUCUAUCCUUCCAAGAGUUUGAGAGUAACCUCAAGAAGAGAAGACGACAAGAUCCGGAAUACAAAGAAAAUGAACAAAGAAAAAACAAAAGAAGAAGAAAGGAUCCAUCCUUCCAAGAGUUUGAGAGUAACCUCAAGAAGAGUAGAAGACAAGAUCCGGAAUACAAAGAUAAUGAACAAAGAAAAAACAAAACAAGAAGAAGAGAUCCGUCCUUCCAGGAGUUUGAGAGUAACCUCAAUAAGAGAAGACGACAAGAUCCGGAAUACAAAGAAAAUGAACAAAGAGAAAACAAAAGAAGAAGAAAAGAUCUAUCCUUCCAAGAGUUUGAGAGUAACCUCAAGAAGAGAAGACGACAAGAUCCGGAAUAUAAAGAAAUUGAAAAAAGAAACAAUAGAAAGAGAAGAAGAGCUCCGUCAUUCCAAGAAUUUGAGAGAAACAUCAACAAACAAAGGAGAAGCAAUCCAGCAUACAGAGAGAAAGAAUCUAAAGAUGACGCUUUACGUAAACAAAGCAACAGAUUUCCCUCCAAUACAAUUGAUGAACUUGUGGAGCACUUUAAAGAAGCAGUAUCAGUAG